AUGCGCCACUGGCGGCCUCGUCGAGCGCACCCACACAGUCGAAUCCUUUGGGUGUUUCUCUCUCUCUUCAACAUAUUUAUCUGCUAUGCUGCUACGGUCGCGCUUGGCGGAGAGGUUUCUGCACACGCAUACGACCGGUGCAACUCAUCCCUGAUGGCAACGGCUGGCUUCAACGACAGUGCCGCACAACAGUUUGUCUUUCAAACAGCACUAGAAUUGCUCUAUACCAGUUUCGCAUCAUCAGAGGCUGCAGCGAGCCUAGUGCGCCGUGGAUAUGCCCAUAAUGUCCUUGAGUAUGCGGCCAUGUUAGCGAUGAGGGGCAACGCUUCCGACUGUCCCUUCUUUCGCGAGCUGCUACGUGAAUACGGUACGGCCUUCGCUCGAAACCCCAAAGCUCUCGCCAGUGAUUUCUUCGCUGCAUUACCACUGGCGGCCGCUAUCCAUUACGGUCUCGAAAAUUCUUGGAUAACUGUGUCUGACCCUGGUCUCGACCCAGCAGUGAUCCGUGCGGUCUGUAAGCCGGACUGGACCCUGCGCGGUGCGCAGAAUCAAGCGAUGAUCAAGGCAGCCGGCACUGCGCUCUGUCUCGCGUCGAUCCCUUCCCAGAUUUUAGGCGGAUCAGCCACAACCACGUAUGCUGCGUAUAUCGAGGCAGUAUGGGAUGACUUUGCGGUACGCGCCCAAGGCGAUACCACCGAGAAUGCUCCGCAGUAUAACGUGAUAUUUCUCAGCGGUUUGUGGGUCCUGGUCAACCUGAACCAAACGAGGUGCGAUUGGCUACAAAAGUCUGCGAAUGCCUUCAACAUGUUCAUGGAUUUCGCGAACCAGGUGUCGCCCCUCGGUAUACUGCCGAGUUACGGCGACGACGGACUCGGGACGCCGCUCGUUUUCGCUGGCGACUGGGCCAGCGUGCUGGCGCUCGCUGCGAAGCUCUACGCCGGCCACGUAACCGGGAGUGGCGACAUGACUGCAGUGUCGCUCCUCGAGGCCGCGGCGUAUCGCGUCUGGCAGUUUCAAACUAGCGGGCCGCUCACAACCAAAGCUGGCAAUUCGGUUGGCGUUUUCCUCCAUCCUGUCCGCUCAACACAGCCGUUGUUUCACAUGGCGCUGCUAGCACACCCAACAUGGGCCGACUUGCGAGCAGGCGCUACUGCUGCUGUGGGCGCAAACAGCGCCGCAACCCGUGCAAUUGUGACAGCGCGCGUGCCUCAAACGCCCGACAAAGUCAUCGUUACCGCGACGGAUGGCUCCGAUGCCGGGAAUCAGUCCCUUUUCGCCUGUGCGAGUGUGUAUUCAUCGCCUUUCGCGUACCAUGCCCAUGCACAGCAACUGGGAACAAUGGCCAUGCUCUCGAUGAACGAUGCCGUACUUCUGUACGGCCUCGGCUACAAUAAUCGCCUCCAAAAUCAGUCAAAUACAAUGGUGCUCGUUCCGCGUCAACAACUAUCCAUGCCCAGUGUCAUGAAUGGCAUCUGGCAGAGCGCGAUGCUCCCGACCGAGAAUCUGGAGCCAUAUGUCGCCGGAAUGUCGUUUGAGACACUUGCAACAGGUCUUCUGUCCCUGCAGCAAACCGCGAGUUUGUUGCGCAACUUCAACCGGACUGUGACGUUUCGAGUGCAGUACCGAGGACCCGGAACCGGCAAGCUUACAGUGCGCAACCUGAGGCUCGUAUCAGGUGCCGGAGAGGAGCGCGCUGCACCACUGCUGGCCUCCACGGGCAUGCGCGGUGCGAGCGAUAACGGUGCAGAGGUCGCCUUCGAGAACUGCGGCGGUGAUGCGGUUGCCUUCAACACAUAUGCCCUGCGCAACGGCAGCGUCACCUUCAGCGUCACCGAAUACCCGUAUGUUGCUUUUGAUUGGAAGUUCGAGGUUUUUCCGAACACUGCUUGCGAGCCGGGAAAGCCACCGCCAGCUGGUGCCGGCAGUAUUACCGCACCUUCUUACACAUUGUUGAUCUUUCGGGCAUCGCCCUCGUCGCUAUUCGAUAUCAACGUGCUUACGGACCCGAUGCCUCGACCCCGAGACGUUGAGGCGGCGCCUAUGACAUCGCUAGGCGAAGCAGGAUCAAGCCCGUGGCAGGCAGCCGCUCGGUAUCGCAUACGCGGGUACGGCACAGCGGAUACUAUCUGGACCCGCGAGCUCUUUCUCUCGGCGAUUGCAGAGCGGACCCUCCUGGUCCGUGACACCGUCGAGUGCGGCGACGCGCUCCUCCAGAGAGGUUAUGCGUCGAUAGGACCUGUUUGGAACUUUCUCGGAACCGCUUACCAACUGAACUCAAGUGACCGUACCGUAUACAUACGGGGCUUUCCCAACGCUGUCACGAAAGUUGCUCACGACGACCGCCUGGUAGCCGAAGUGCGCGUGCGCUCCAACACAACAGCUCAACUACAAGUAUCGAACACGCAGCUCUUGUGGGCGAACGUUAGACCAGUAGUCGUUCGCGCUCAAGCUCCGAUCACGAGUUCGCAAAAGACGUUGCGUUUUGAAACGACCAUCCGCCUCGUUUCAGAGUCACCGGCUGGUGCGCUGUGGCACAAAUACCAAACACUCGACUUUUGA